AUGCAUCUCUACGGGUGCCAACUACUUACCUCGGCAGCUGUCAUUGGCUCAGUCGUUGGGCAAGGCAUUUCACCCUCAUUCAAUGCGAUCCCAGGCUUUGUAGCUCCUGCAGUCGAGUAUCGUCCCAAGUUCAGAUACUGGCUUCCAGAUGCAGAUGUAGACCACGAUAUUCUCAGAACCGACAUCCAAGACCUCCAAGAGUUCGGCGCCGGCGGUCUAGAGUUCCUCCCGUUCUACAACUAUGGCUUCGGUGGCGUGAACGACUCCAAGAUGGAGACAUAUGCCUUUGGUAAACCAGCCUUUAGGGAUGUUCUCCAGAUUGCGCUUGAAGCUACCAAGGCGAACGGUUUGUCGAUAGAUGUAGCGCUAGGCGCUAGCCAGGGUCAGGGUGUUCCGUCCAAGCCGCUUACUCCUGGUCUUGCUGUGCAGCUCGUCUAUGGGAAGGUGUCUGUCAAGGGAGGACAAAAGUUCGAUGGGGCUUUGCCAGCUGCUGAUAUUAACUGGAAUGAGAAUUUGGGAUAUAUUCAUCCUCAGGAAAAGUUUGGUGGUAACCGUCUUAUUGGGGUCUCUGCCGCUGCCAUUGCUUCCACAAACGCUUCGGAUGAUAGCAACGUCUUCGUCGCCCUGCAUGAGAAGUCACUCGUUGAUCUCACCUCGUACGUCAAGAACGGCAAGCUCACAUGGAGGGCGCCAAAGGAUUACGAAGAGUAUGUUUUAUUUGCGCACUACGAGCGCUACACCAACCAGCGAUCUUGCGACGGGGUGCCCACAGAUGUCAUUGCCAACGGCUCCUGGGUCACAGACCAUUUCAGCGCCGCCGGUGCAAAGCUAGCUUCCCAAUUCUGGGAGAAGAAUCUGUUGAGUACCCAGAUUCGCCAGCUUCUAAAGGAAGUUGGCAAGCACACGUGGGAAGAUAGUAUGGAAAUCCAAGCUUCGCUUUAUUGGUCUCCUGGGUUCCCUGAUCGCUUCAAGGCCAAGCGCGGUUAUAAUGUGAUCAAGUAUCUUCCACUGCUAUUUCACAAGUCGACUUCCUUUACCGCCGCCCAAGCUCCCUACAACACUACAUUCUACCUUUAUGGAACUCCGGAUGACGGACAAAGCAAGUACCUCCAGGACUACCGACUGACCUUGAACGAGGGUUAUCAGGAGUAUCUGCAGACGUUUGAAGACUGGGCUGAGUCUCUGGGGCUGUCUCACUCGUGCCAAGUUGGGUAUAACAUUCCCUUAGACAUUCUCGCGGACGUACCCAUUGUUCCCACCCCCGAACUUGAAUCUCUAGCCUUCAAAACACCAGAUCAAAUGUCUCAAUUUGUCGGCCCAGCGCACCUUGGGCGUCGCAACAUCAUUUCCACAGAGAUCGGCGCUGUUGCACAAGGGGCAUACAGUCUGACUAUCCCCUCCCUCGUCAAGCUCUUCCACGACGCAUUCGCAGGAGGCGUUAAUGCCAUGAUGAUCCAUGGGAUGACUUACGGUGGAGAACAACUCGGAUCAACUUGGCCUGGAUUCACGCCGUUUCAGUAUAUUUACACUGAACUCUGGAGCCCCAAACAGCCGGCGUGGAAGUAUAUGGGCGAGGCGAUGAACUAUACUGCCAGAAACCAGUUUGUUCUGCAGCAGGGAGUGGCUAAGAAAGACUUGGCCUUUUAUCUUUACAAAGAUCCUUUUGGCAUAUCUGAUGAGUAUAACGGGACGGAUCUCCGAGCGACUGGCUUCACGUACGAGUACCUGUCGCCAGCCAACUUUGGAUCCAAAGCCUUCAAGGUCUCGAACAGGGUUUAUGACGCUGCAGGUGCAGGAUACCGAGCGCUCAUACUCGAUCAGCAACAAUUCAUCACUCCCGAAGCAUCGCAGAAGCUUGUUGAGGUGGCCGACGCAGGCCUUCCAAUCGUCGUCAUCAGAAGUCUUCCCAGUACAGCUAUUGGAAGCAAGGGGCAGGAUGUUGUGACCAAGAACAUCUCGAAGCUCAAGGGAUCCAAGUACUCCAACAUUGCUUUCAUCAAAUCCGCCGAUGAUCUACUUAAGACCCUCGACAAGCUUUCCGUCAAGCCAAGAGUGACGACGGGCUCGGCUGCCGCGAAAGACUUGUACACCGUGUGGAGGUCGGACGAGGGCUCGGACUAUCUUUUCCUCUUCAAUCAGGGCUCUGCAUCGACUUUUGAGAUCACGGCAGAAGUUGAUCUGGGCAAGGUUCCAUACAAUCUAAAUGCAUGGACUGGACAACAGGCUGCUAUGGCAUCGUUCAAGAGGUCUUCUGGUAAGGUCAACUUCCAAGUAUCUUUAAAGCAAGGUCAGACGGCAAUCAUAGCGUUUACCAGUGGGAAGUCAAAGACAAGCAUAGUCUCACAGUCGGAGAACGUCAUCGAAGCUUCCUAUGGUUCUGAUGGCAAAGAGGGCAUCUCUGUCAUCUUGGGAGAUGCUAAGGAAGCUUCCCUGACAUUGUCCAACGGACAGACCAAGAAGAUCCCCGCUGCCAGCAGCAGUGACAAGAAGAAUGCUCUUGAUAUCGAUAUCGGCAACUGGAAUUUGACGCUUGAGUCCUGGGUCCCCGGUCCUGACGAGGCAAAGUCCGCAUCUGUCAAGAAGGUGAUGAAGCUUGGCACUCAGAAGAUCUUGAAGCCCUGGUCCGAGAUCCCUGAAGCUCAGAAUUUAUCCGGCGUCGGUACAUACACAGCCACUUUCCAGGUCCCGCAAGUCCCGAGCAAGGAUUCCAUCGCUGUACUGCAGUUUGGCCCUGUGCUCAACACCAUCCGAGCGUGGGUAAACGACAAGCAGCUCCCAGAGAUCGACAUUUACGAUUCUCAAGUUGAUGUCUCGGAUUAUCUGGUCAAGGGUACCAACACGAUUCGGGUGGAGGUGGCAUCUACCUUGUUCAAUGCGGUCAAGGCAAGAGUUGAUUAUGUCAAGGCGAAUGGCGUUGGUCCAGCGGCUCCCGGCUUGUAUACCUUUGCAGAUUGGCAAAAGCAUGGAUUGAUCGGACCAGUGUCCAUCAAGAGUUUGCGCAAGGUCAACUUGUAA